GAAAAACAGCUGUUCAUUAAUCUAAUUUAAUAAACCAAAAUAAUAAGGCAUUACAUGUAAGAGUGUGCGUAAUUGUAUAAGAAAACACUCACGUGAGACAUCCGAGAGCGACAUCUCGUGAUAGGCUACAUAGUCUCGUUCUGAUCUCUUGAUCUUACCUUUCCUUACAAUACAAACAAUCGUUAAAUGAACUGCCUUUAGCAAACAACAACCCUAACUUUUGCUCAAGCGAUAUGUUGUCUCGCCUUCUGAAGGAGCAUCAAGCGAAGCAAAAUGAGCGGAAGGAGCUGCAGGAAAAACGCAGACGUGAAGCGAUAGCUGCUGCCACUUGUCUAACUGAAGCCCUGGUAGAUCACCUGAACGUUGGUGUUGCUCAAGCAUAUGUAAACCAACGCAAGCUGGACCAUGAAGUUAAGACACUCCAAGUGCAGGCGAGCCAAUUCUCCAAGCAAACAGCUCAGUGGAUCAGCAUGGUGGAGGGAUUCAAUCAGGCAUUAAAAGAAAUUGGAGAUGUUGAAAACUGGGCCCGCAGUAUCGAGAUGGACAUGAGAACAAUCGCCACAGCUCUGGAGUACGUACACAAGGGGCAGCUUCAGACUACUUGCUCAUAAGCAUCAUCAUGUGUUUUUACAGUACAUUUGUUCCUGAAUAUAAAUAUAUACAUAAAUGCAUCCCUCUGAGUGGAGUGAGGUUGACAUUUUACUGACAAAUAUUUGUCUGUUGCAUUGGAUGACGCAGUUCAGAUGCAUUUCACUGGUGAAGUUUUGUUUUUAGCUCCAAAACUGGAAAGAGUGAGCACAAAAUGAUGCUCAAUAAUACAUUUUAUUAGGAUAUUUCCUUUUUCUGUGUAAGGUUUUUUUUUGAGGGACAGAAAAUGAAAGUAUUUAAUAUGCAGAAGGUUUGACCCCACACAACUUCUGGUAAGUUAUCAUUUAAAAUAUCUCUUUGAAAGAGUUAUUUACAUAUUUACAUGUGCACCUCAUCUCUCCUGUACAAAAUGAAUUGUUUUUUUUGUUUUUUUUAUUGGACAAGUGAUGAUAAAUGGACAGUUAUCGUAAAUAAUAAAACAAACAAAAAAUGAUA